AUGGAUGAAAAUGACCAGCCGGCAGUCAUCCAUCUCACGGAUGCUGUCGGCAGAAAGUUUUCCUUUCCCUUCGAAGCAGUGAAAGAAUGGGCAGGCAUGGAGGACAUGAUCAAGAAGGCGUUUCUUCAUGUGGAAUUCUUUGAGGAGCAAGUUUUCCACGGUCGCUAUGAUUUGAUAGGUCCUGAAGGGGAGGUGAUUCUUCCUGCCUUGUGGAAUUCGAUCAUCCGACCUGGCAUGUCCCUCCAGAUGUUUACCUGGGCGAAAGACUUCCAUAUUCAAGGGGCUUCAAACUCACGGCCUUCAGUGAUCAAUCCUCCAAGGCGGGAGACCGAGCCACCGGACCAUGUGCGUCGAGAAGAAAGGCCACCUCCAGUGUACCGAAAGCCUACGUUGUUUCCGGCGUCAGCGUCUGAUGUUUCGGCCAACCCGAGAGUUGAGGAAACGAAAGGAAGACCCAGGAAAGACAACUCGGCAUUAUUGGCAUUUUUCGCUGGCAAGCCUCCUAAAAAGGGAAAGACGUCGAAAUUCACCCUGAAGCCCGCGAAGCAAGUCAAAUCUCACCGUCCACCAUCUCUGACCGAAUACGUUGAAGAGGCGACGAAGCCUAGUCAUAGACGAUCAGCAGGAGUUGGAGCGCGUCUUUCGGGAUUGGGGCGACGCCGGGGCCGUUCUCGUAGCGCUUCAAACGGCACUGAUGUUUCCGAUGACUUGCAACCUGAUGACUCUGAGUGGAGUGAUGGUUCAGAAUCUGUGGUAUCUCGAUCCGAUUCUCGCUGUGCAGGUUUGGCCAUACGUACUAAACGGCAGUUGGAAGACCGUAGACCGCUUCGGCAGCCAACCUUCCAUGUUUUGGAGCCCAAUCCCUCUACCGUGGAGUGUAAUGCCUUCAGUUCUGCUCGCGUGUACAAAGACGACAUAGGUCCAGGAUCCGUGACCUUGGAGCUAACACCAUUUAUUAGCCCGCCCCCCGGGGUGUCGAACUCAGGAGAUCGUGACAAGAUCACUUGGCUUCACGUGUCGCGGACAAUCAUGGAUUUUAGCGAAUUCGAGAACAUUGCUUUGUACAAUGACAGCCUGGCAGCAACACCAGACAACCUUCAUGCCAUGAAAACUCUUUUCAAGAAAUUAUACGAUAAAAAGUUAGCAAAAAGUCGAGAUAACUGGUAUUUGCAGCCCGGGACCGUGAUUCGAGCGGAUGUGGACUGUGGGGGGAAAACAGUAGCCUCAGCGACUUUUAUUUCUGUUCCACAGUUUCAAGUGGACUCUCUGAAUCGAAAGUAUGACGUCAAGUUUCGGAAAGGUGUCUGCGUCCCUAGAAAACUUCAUGAAGUUUUCAACCCGCAUGACACGUCGUUUCAACGUGACAAAGGCCAAGUCUUUCGAAGGCAAGAUGGCGCCGCCUCAGACGAGAUUCUUUGGGUAUGUGAAACAUGGAUCCUGAUCGUUGAUUCCGCGGGAAUUCUCACCUAUGGUAACCCACUUCGACGAUCGGUCCUCCAAGAGAAUAUCAACAUCAGAGAGAAGCUCCCCAUGACCCUUGACGAUAAAAUCAUUCAUGUGAUGACUCCGGAUUAUAUAUCGUUCCAUGUACCCUUUAAAGAAUGCGAAACUUUCUUUAAACUUCAAUGUUCUAUAAUGUCGAAAAUGAAGGAGGCGGAUGAUGAAAUUUACGAACCCUCUAAAGACUUUGAGUUACUGGAUCACAACGGGGAAGUGCUGACCCCAAAGAGCUGGUCUAAUCUUACUCGGUUGCCAUGGCAAGGGGCGUUACAAAUCAAGAUCAAGUGGUUAGGGGACGACGACAUGUCGGGUCGCAGCUUCAGUGCAUCAUCGUCUCGUACGCCUGAUAUAUACGACGCGGAGAGUGUUAGGAGUGUACGAAGAUAUAACGACCAUGAUAACGCGUUUUUCGGUAUACGAAAAACCACUACUGGAGACUCAGACGGCAAUGCUUUCGCUCUUCCAAAACUGAACCCAGCUGUGCCACCUUUUCUAGCGUGGAGUAUCUUGGCGAGAAGUUCCUCAUCGGCGGAUCUUCCCAACGGCACUCGACCAGAUCACACAGACAGCGAGUGGAAGGAAAGCGUCACGGCUUGUCUUCUUCGGACCGAGACUGCUCUCAUCGAGCGGCACCACCCUCACGUAGCUGACCUAGAGGACAAGUUUCCUUCUCUCAGCUUUGACGCUGGAAUGCUGCAAGUUGGGCUUGACAAUAUUGACAUGCAUAUUGCUGCAUUGUCUAUACAGAAAACUAGCACCCAUGACUCUCAAACACCAGUUCUGGACACGGAUCAGUUAUCCCGCGCCUACAGGGACUAUCUUCUUGCGUCUGUCCUGACACUGGAGGUGUUCGUUCCGAAACGUGGUGACCACCCGAUACUCUCGCUAUAUUACGGCGCGCUGUCAAAAGGGGUUCAAUAUUUAAAAUGGGAGCAAAGUGGACAUACUUCUCCGAAAUUCGUCAUAUCUCGUCAACCUAUUCCUAUCCCAGGAUACCGAUAUUUGCAUUCUCCGUUGUCUCAAAUCGAAUGCGACAAAUGCGAACGGGGCCUAAUUUACGACAGUGUCGAAGACGCCAUGGAGCAUUUACGAAAGAAACAUUUCUCAGACACAACUUCUGAAGCUAGAUUGAAUGAGCAUCUCGUCCCACUCACAAACGCUGCGGAAACAAGAUUAAAACAGGAGUACCAAGAUGUGCUAUCCAUGUGCUGCGAAACCAUGUCGGAGGUUGUGAAGCAAGCUCGUGAUAUCCAGGAAGGUGUGGUGUUUGACAACCACUUCAGACAGCCGGUGCAGGGCGUCCCUUAUGCUCUUCUGAAAGCAUUUCAGCUAGUCGUUGCAUUCGUCUGUACGGUGCCGCUUCUACUAGACGAAUUGCACACAUUCUACAAACAGGGCAUUUAUCAGGACAAAGCCGACAGUCUCACUCCUAAUCUUGACCUGCAGGACAAGUACCGGGUCUUGAAGGCUACGGGUUCAGAUAUCGCAUCUCUUUUAAAGGCCGCUGAGCGAGCACUCGUGGGCUCAGUGGACACCAACAAAAGCGAGGAUAUAGUGAAGUUCUUCAGCUCGGCUGGUCCUCACGCUUUGGCUGUUCAGAUGAUAUCCAACAUUCUUGAGGAGCCGGUCUACAACAACCUGAAUGUUGCAGAGCUUUAUAGAAACUACGGCAACGAUUUUGGAUCCCAAAUUAUGCGCCACCCCAACAAACGCCAAAUCUCGACUAUUGCCGCCAUGAUGGACGAGUUGAACCGUCUAAACCAGGUAGUCAAAUGGCAGCACAAACUAAUAAGAUCCUUGAAAAUAUCCCUAAAUCCAUAUACAUACCUGGAACCACAUAAAAGUACCCGGCAAAUGACCAACGAACUAGAAGUGUUCAUCCUGAACCAGGCUGACGAGAAGCUCAAAGAGCAAAGUGGCGUCAUCAACUUCAAUAUCGAGCAGGCCGUCAACCUCAUCGACAUGGUAAACGAGUUCACUGAGAUCGUCCAAGAUGACCAUAACCGAGCUAUCUUUGUAUUCACCGUCGUCACGGUCAUCUUCUUGCCGAUGGGCUUUAUUGCAGCAUAUCUGAGCAUGAACGGUGGACCUUCAAAUCCCGACUGGGACAACACGCAGAAACUGUUUUGGAAGAUUGCCUUGCCGCUUGCUGUGGGAAUUGGCGGUUUCUGUCUUGUGGUGGCUUGGCGAGGGAAAGAAACCCAGAGAGUGAGGCGGUGGGUAGCUUCGUGCGUUUGGUGGCUAGUUGGUCGGCUUGUGCCGCAUAGUUUGAGGAGACCUAGGUCUGAAACUGAGAGUGAUUACGGGAGCGCGAGCGGGAGCGAGAGUGUAAAAAUACGGCGGUGA